UACUGCAGUCCUGGAGGAUGCCAGUCCUUGGCACAGCAAGACAGCAAAGAGCCUCAGCAGCAUUUUCUCUCGGUCUUUUCUCUAUAGUUUUCUCUAUUACAGCAUUCAGUAGCAGUUACUGGUGUGAAGGGACAAGAAAAGUUGCCAAACCUUUCUGUACAGAACAGAACAAAGGGGAUCACUGCAUCUGCUUUAAUAGCCCUGACGCCAACAACAGUAAUGCUGUGCAAUAUAUCUGGGAGACAGGAGAUGACAAGUUCAUUGACCGAAAGUUUCAUGCUGGGAUCUGGUAUUCCUGUGAAGAGAUUAUAAAUGGGGAAGGUGAGAAAUGUAGAAGCUUUGUCAGUCUAGCUCCAGCUGCUGAUCGAGGGGUUUUAUGGCUGUCUAUUGUAGCAGAGCUACUGUAUAACAUUUUGCUUCUGACUGGAGUUGUUCUUAUGUCAGUAGAAAUGUGCUGCUACCGUAGUGUCAUUGGUGGGCUAAAGAUCAACGCCUUUUCUGCAGUAGUCACCGUACUUGCAGGUCUUCUGGGCAUGGUUGCUCACAUGAUGUACACAACUGUAUUUCAAAUGACUGUAAAUCUUGGUCCUGAAGACUGGAGACCUCACACAUGGGAUUAUGGCUGGUCCUUUUGCCUCGCAUGGGCUUCCUUCGCUUGCUGUAUGGCUGCAGCUGUCACCACUAUUAAUAAAUAUACAAAAACUAUUUUGGAAUUCAAGCACAAAAGAAAAACACUGGAAAGGAGCUUAAAGAUUAAAUACAAGUUUCCAGAACACGCAGCUCCAGAGAAAGCUUGCAAUGUGCAUGUGAACUCUUUUCACAACACUACAGAGGACCCUGCACACCCAGUAAAAGACUUGCAUCAACUGGCCACUAUUUCAGUUCUGUAAAUUUGAACCAUAUCUCAAGGCAUCCUGUGAAUCAUAAUAUUAGAUGAGAAUGAAAUAGUAUUAACUAAUAAAAUGUACAUUUGUGUUGCAUUAGAUUUUUUUAAUAAUAAUAAUAAAAAGAUAUUUCCAUGGAUGUUUCAAGGAAGUCUUAGAGUGGGAAAAGCAGAUCCAGGUGUUGUAGUUCAGACAAAAAACAAUGAUACAAGUUCUCCACUGCUCUGAUUUUUAAGCAGUCUAAAUGUUAAUAUAAGGUAUGUGAGUUUGCUAGUAUUUCAGAGCACUAUGGAUUUCUCCUAUUUUUUUUUUUAUUGACACAAAACAACAACAACAAAACCCACAACCCAAAACCAACCAAACAACAAUCAAAAAACCCACAACACCCAAAACUCCACCAACAGCAGGGCAGCAAAUAAAGCAGCUCACAUGUUGUGCAUGGCUGCCUGGCUUGUAAAAGUUUGUUAUUAAAAGUAUAAUCUUUCCAGGAAAA